UCCCCCGUUUGGAUGCGGCGCUGCGCUUUUUCUUUCGUCCUCGCACUCUUCUGAAUGUUUACGCGGCUUCAAGAUUUUUCCAAGUGUGUGAACCAUUAUCAACAAACGAGCUUUUUCUUAUCGAGUCGGGUAUUAACUGAAACAUCGCAGCGGACUGAGGAUCCGGCUAUUUCUCCGCCGGCAAGGACGAUGCCGACUCUGCAGAGCUCUGCAGUCCUGCUGCUUUUCAGCUUUCUCAUUGGCCUGAGCUGCUCCCUGAACCCGAGAGACCCCAAUGUGUGCAGCCUGUGGGAGAGCUUCACCACCUCAGUCAAAGAGUCCUACUCACAUCCGUAUGACCACGUGACCGAGGAGCCCUGCUCGGACCCUCAGACCUCCUACAGAUGUCUGCGCCACAGGAUCACCUACAAAACCGCCUACAGGCAGGCGGUGAAGACAGACUACCGUAAGAGAUACCAGUGCUGUCCAGGUUACUACGAGAGCGGAGACAAAUGUGUUCCUCGCUGCACCAAAGAGUGUGUCCACGGCCGCUGUGUCGCUCCAGACCGCUGCCAGUGCGAAGGCGGCUGGCGAGGCGACGACUGCUCCAGCGCCUGUGACGACAACCACUGGGGUCCCGGCUGCAGCCAGCAGUGCAAGUGUCAGAACAGAGCUCUGUGCGACCCAGCGAAGGGAGCAUGUCAGUGUUCUCCGGGCUUCAUAGGACGCUACUGCGAAGACGCCUGUCCAGCAGGAAACUUUGGGAAGAGCUGCCUGCAGAGGUGCAAGUGUGGCACCGGAGGAUCCUGCGAUAAGGCAACAGGAGAGUGUUUGUGCCGGGAUGGAUUCACUGGGACUUUCUGUGAGAAGGCCUGUUCAAAGAGAUGCCAGGCGAGAUGCCCCUGCCAGAAUGGUGGCAUCUGUCGGGGCAAAGGGGUCUGCGCCUGCCCCCCCGGCUGGACGGGUGCAGUCUGCACGGAGCGAUGCCCGGAGGGAAGGUUCGGGCCCAACUGUGCCGAAGAGUGCGUGUGCCACAACCGGGGGAAAUGUGACCCUGAAACUGGGCAGUGCAAGUGUGCUAAAGGUUUCACUGGGAACAGGUGUAAUGAGGAGUGUGCUGCAGGAACCUACGGCCAGGACUGUAAAGGUGUGUGCGACUGUGCUAACGGCGCUCGCUGCUACAACAUCGAUGGCGCCUGUCUGUGUGAGCCGGGCUUCAGCGGGCCGCACUGCAGGGACCGCAUGUGUUCACCUGGCAAAUACGGCAUGCACUGCGAACGCACAUGUCUCUGUCAGGACAAACACACACUCAGCUGCCACCCAAUGAAAGGAGAGUGCACGUGCCAGCCGGGGUGGGCGGGGCUUUACUGCAACGAGACCUGCGCUCACGGUUUCUACGGCCACGGCUGCCUGGAGCCUUGUCUUUGUGUGAACGGAGGUGUGUGUGACGGCGCCACCGGCCGAUGCCAGUGUGCCCCCGGCUUCACGGGCAUUCACUGUGAGAGUCCCUGUAAAAGUGGCACGUAUGGAAAGAACUGCUCCCUGGAGUGCUCCUGUGAGAACUUUGUCGACUGCUCAUCGGUCGACGGGACUUGCUUCUGCAAAGAGGGCUGGCGAGGCCUGGACUGCUCCACCCCCUGCUCUGAGGGAACCUGGGGCCCAGGAUGCAACGCCACCUGCCACUGCGCCAAUGGGGCAAAAUGCAACCCUGCAGAUGGAUCCUGUAGCUGCACGGCCGGCUGGCAGGGGGUGCACUGCGACCAACCGUGCCCGAUGGGCACGUUUGGGCCUGGCUGCCUGAAGAGGUGCGACUGUGUUCAUGCAGACGGCUGCCAAGCUGCCACCGGGGAGUGCCACUGUCUGCCAGGCUGGUGGGGUCCGCGCUGCAGUGACCCAUGUUCGGACGGCCUGUGGGGGCGUCAUUGUAACCAGACCUGCUUCAAGCACUGCCCCAACAGCGACACGUGUUUGAGGGAAACUGGAGCUUGUGUUUGUCGUUCGGGAUUCUGGGGAAUCACCUGUCAAAACAAAUGCAGAGCGGGUAUGUACGGCGACCAGUGCAGCUCCUCCUGCGCCUCCUGCGGUCAGUCAUACCGCUGCCACCAUGUGACAGGAGAGUGCGACUGCCUGCCCGGAUACACUGGACCCAACUGUGACCAAGUUUGUCCUGAUGGCUACUACGGCAAACAGUGUUCUGAAGUGUGCGUCAAAUGUGCCAACAACUCCACAUGCAACCAUCGAGACGGCCACUGUGAAUGUUUGCCCGGCUGGACAGCCACCGACUGCUCCAUAUCCUGCGGUCCAGGACGCUUCGGCCCGUUCUGUGCUCAGACCUGCUCGUGUCAGACCAACGUCCUCUGUGACCGAUUCACUGGAGACUGUUUGUGUGAAAGUGGAGGAGACGACUGCAAGCAAGACUCGGCGGAGCAGACGGGGAGCGUCAUGGUUCCUCUUCCCCCCGGGGAAAGGGAGUCGUGGGGGGCCAUUGGCGGCAUCGUUGUGCUGGUCAUCCUGGUGGUGCUGCUGCUGGCUCUGCUGCUGCUCUACCGCCGCCGGCAGAAGGACAAGCAGAACAACACGCCCACCGUCUCCUUCUCCACCAGCCGCACAGUCAACUCUGAAUACGCCGUUCCAGAUGUUCCCCACAGCUACCACCACUACUACUCCAACCCCAGCUACCACACGCUGAGCCAGAACAGGCCUCCGCUGCCCCACCUCCCCAACAACCACGACCGCACCAUUAAGAACACCAACAACCAGCUGUUCUGCAGCGUGAAGAACGCAGAGCGGGAGCGUCGAGGUCUGUUUGGAGUGGAGACGAACGCCACUCUGCCUGCAGACUGGAAACAUCACGAGCCCCGCAAAGACUCAGGAGCGUUUGGCAUCGACAGGAGCUACAGCUACAGCGCCAGCCUUGGAAAAUAUUACAACAAUGGUAGUUCAUCGCCUUGCAUCUUUCCAUUUUCAUGCUCUGCUGUUGAAGAGCAGGAAUACCGUCAGAGUUCCCUCAGCCACGCUCCCCACGACGACCCCCAGAGCCACUACGACCUGCCUGUGAACAGCCACAUCCCGGGACACUAUGACCUGCCGCCAGUCCGCCGACCCCCCUCCCCCAGCGCCUCCCCCAGGAGAGCUCCCCAGUGACAAUCACAACAGAGUUUGCCCUCCUCCUCUUCCUCGCUUUGGAGGUGAUGAAGAAAGACUCCUCUCUGACAGCAGCAGCUGCAGACCAUCUGCAGAGCGGUGGCAAGGCAUCCACAGGAGUGUUUACUUUGGAUGCCCUCCUUUUAACUCGACACUGCCCCCCUGUGGGCUUAAAGUGGUACUCCCUCCACCGUGGCAGACCUGUCCUCCAGGCUGGGGAGCCAGCAGGCUGCAGGGCUUCAGCUGCGUCCCCCUCCCAUGGCAAAAACCCACCAGUGGACUUCACAAGCAGCGACUUGGAAUGUGUUUGCAUCUAAACAUGCUGAAAUUUUUAGUUUUCCACACAUUUUUCUUGCUACUCAUCAGCUGGCAUGCCUGUUUAAGGGGCCCUUUUAGUCAGAACUCAAAUUUUCUUCUGUCUCCAUCACCACCGAUGACUAACAUAGGAAUUGCUUUAUUUCAUUUUGCAUGUUAAAUUCAGGUAAAUGACAUUUUCAAAUCAUUUUUUUACCAGGCAGCUUUGAAUGAACUGAUCACAGCUGGACUUUGCUUUGAUUAGCUGCUUGAAAACUUUUUGACCUUGUGUCCCCUAAUGCAUUUUAAGUCUUUAAAUAGUGUAAACAGUGCCUUUUUUUUAUGUCUGUUUUUCUUUUUUUUACAAUGACUCAUACCUUUGUUGUUUCCAGAUGUGACAUUUAGGGAAUGAAACAUCUCCAUUGUUAAGAAAUGCAACUUUUUGCCGCUGUCAGAGGAAACUUUGUAAAUAUAGAAAUAAAUAUAUUGUUAGCAGAGUAAUGUAGAACAACAGCCCUACUUUUUGAUGAACAUGUUGUGAAGGUCAUUUACGUUUGUUUAUCAAUAGAUAUUAACGCGUCAUUGUGAGCACAAACACUGACCGUGCUGUGAAUAAGCCAUCAACAAGCAUAAUCAAAGCAGCAUUAUGAAUGUCACUGCAGUGUCCUACGGCAUUUUUUAACUUUACGUGAUAUUUAAAGGACCACUCCACCUGUCUCACGUCUCAAGGGUACUCCACAAAUUUUGCAUCGCGAUUCUAGUCAGAACCAAAGGUAUCAUCUUUUUUAUUCAGUGCAUUCUAUUUUCUUUAAAACUGGUGCCUAAGUUACCCAUGAUGCAACUUCAGGUGUCAGGCACACAUGAAUUUUUCAGAGUGGCAAAAGUGUGACCUGCCUGACUUCACCUCUGAUCGGUUACCCUGAAACUCAUAUCUAAACCCUAACCAAUCUCACUCCUGGCACCCUCAUUUGCUGAACGAUUGGGUAGUACUAUUCUCAUAAUUAUUAAUUAGUUGUUUCCAGCAACCCUGUAAAAAAAAUCAGAGAGAUCAAGAUUGGAUAUAAGCAGACCCCCUCUGUCUAAAACAAAUUUCUCCUGAGAGAGAGACAAAGAUUCCUUAACCAUAACCUUAUAAGGAUGGAUGGCAGCAAAUAUGUAAAAUUAUCUGAGGAACGUGAUGGUAACCACAUUUCUGACUAGAGUCUGCACAGACAUACCUGCCCGCCUUUGAAACGAACCAUUCCAAAUUUCAUACUUUUUAUUUUGAGAUGUACUGCUUCAUCAUAAUCUUGUGCCUUAAUCUUUGACUGUCUUGCUCAUAUAUCCAGACUGUAGUGCAAAAUCAGCCGUCAUCAUUAGUCUGUGCACUCUCGGCUGCCAAGCUUGUUUAUACUCAAUGUGACAAAUCUUCACAGAGGAUUGUGGGUCAGAAAGGUCAAAAAAGCAUGCUCACUUGCAAACUGCAAAACGCAACUGAAUGUAGUUGGACAUGUUGGUAUUUUUGGCACGCUGUAUUUGUGUGUUAGGACAUACACUGAGCUGUCAUUCAAAGCAACCAUGCCCGUAUCAUGCUCAACUUCAAGCCUUAGUAUAAUAUCAACAGGUGAGUUAGAUAGCAAUUCACCCGCUGUAUAGCUGUCAUGAACAAAAAAAGUAGCUACAGAGACCAAACCUAUUUUCUGUCCCAGGUUGUAAACAUGUUUAUUUCUGCUGCAAAGUUGGAAAUGCUGACAUGGAGGCCUAUCUGGGUUGACUCACUUUUAGAGCCAGCAUCAAGUGGCCAUUCGGGGAACUGCAGUUUCUGAUCUUCCUAAGUUUUCAGCCUCAGAGGUUGAUGCUUGAGCACAAUCAGUCUAUGAGGAAAAACUAGCAGUUACUAACCACUAUUAUCUAGGACAUUAUAAACAUGCAUUGGAGCCAGCAACAGUCAAGACUGCGGCAGCAUCACGUUCAAGAGGUGUGUGCUUGUAUUUGAGCUGCUGGCGAGUGUGUUUUGGUAGAAAAAAACAAAACAAAAAACAGUUUCUACAUCAAACUGCUCAAAACAAGGUGUGUGGAUUCUUUUGAGUAACUGGCUUAUGAUUUUGAAAAGAGACAUUGCUAUUGAGUUUCUGAAAUGCUCAUUUUAUAAUUUUUUUUGGCACCACAAGCCAGGUCCCAACUAGUUCCAUCAUGAAGUGCGAUCAAAAAGUUUGCAGUGCGUAAUACAAAAUUACCCCUUUUUAAAAUUUGGCCGCCAUCCCGGUUGGAGCAAGGCUCCUUGUGCAGUGAUUCACCGCUCCAAGUGCUCCUGCAGCACUUGCAAGACAGCAGCAUCUUUAUAUACAGUCUGAUGCAUCUAUAGUUCUGACAGAGAUUCAAGCCUCCAGCAGGGACGAGGAACAUGUCUGCCUAACUCCUUGCAACAGAGCUGAACAAUUAAUCAAAUUGUUACUGUGAUAUGCUCAGUGCAAAAUCCCAAUUGCAGGAGGUGCUCUUUUUUUUUUUGAUAAAGGUAAAAUGUAUCACGUCAUUAUAAAUUAAGCAUUGGUGGUGCUGCAAUAUUGGGGGGUAAAAAGAAAAAUUUCCAUUCAAAUUGUGAUUCCUUUGUCUUUUUUGUGCGUAUUUUUCUACAGUCAGAUUUUUGUCAUUUUCUCACUCCACAUAUGUUUUUCCCACAAUAUUUUUAUCCAAAUGCAGUCAUACCCUACAGUUUUUGAGAUGUUUUCUUGCACACUGAUUCACCAUGGACAGAUUUUAUUAAAACCAUCAACUGUUUUGGGUAAGUGAGACACCGUUUCCAUUAAGAGAAGUUUUUUUUGUGCGCGUGUGUUAAUUGUAAUAUUAAGUGUUACAGUUUCAUUUGCUGCAAUUAGUCUGGGAGGAAACCAAAGUUGAGUGUUGGCUUUACAAAAUUCAGAAAUGCUGUAAAAGGUGUGUUUUGUAUAAAAUAUCAACCAGUGAAGCUCUUUAACCUGCCAAUUAGAUAACAAAAACCAGAUAGAAUGUUUUUUUUGUUUUUUUUAAACAUAUAUGUCCAUUUAUUGUUGAAUGUAACCAUGGGAAUGUGUAUAUAAUGUAAAUAAAAAUGUCAGCACCUUUU